CCGAAGAGGUUUACGUCACAAUGCCAGACAACAGUGGGGUUUUCGUGAACAGAAACCUGACCUUGACCUGUACUACCACAGCUUAUCCCAAUCUGACCUUCAUCUGGGACUACAGUGAUGGAACACCUGUAGAUGGCAACAGACAGUCUGUGUCAAGGUCCUCUACCAGGUGGUCCCAAACUCUCACCUUCAAGCCUAAUAAAGACAAGACAGCUGUGAGAUGUCAGGUCAGAAACACAAGAACAUCGGCAACACAGACUGGUUCUGUGUCACUGGAUGUCAAGUACCCCCCAUCUGAUGCUCCAUCCAUCACAAAGUUUGAGACUGUGAUGUUUGAAGGAGACCCGGAGACAGUCAGGUGUUCGGUGACAGGAGGAAAUCCUCUAGCUACGAUUACGUGGUCCUGUAUGGGCACUGGAUCAGCAUCAGUCAGUGACAGUGGUCAGACCAGGACAUCUACUCUCUCCUUCACUGUCAGUAGGAGUCAGAACAGUCAGCAGUGUCAGUGUCUGGGGGCGUGGCAGUAUGGAGGAUACAUAUACAACCUCUCUGAUGUCAGGACCUUUAAUGUCAGUUGUCCAACAAACCCACAACCACUCAAUGCCGAAUGUAACAUGACAGGUGUAAUAGCAGGAACCUCAAUUGGAACCCUCUUUCUCACCCUGCUGAUUGGAGGGCUAGUUAUGACGGUCUUCUAUAGGAAGAGGUUCAGGUUUGGAAACGUCUUGACAGGAACUACUUCACAAAAAAGCACCAGAAAUACUGAAGUUGAAGAAAUGGAAAACAUAGGAUAUUCAUCUUUGGAUCAAGUCAACAGUCCAACUCAGUACUCAAGCAUGGAUAAAGAGGCGUCAGAAAAACAACAUUACACAGAGUUGAAGAUUUAUGAGAAUACAAACGUCGAGCCCAAAGCAGAGACAAGUACCUACGAAGACAUGACUGAAGCUCCUCCUGCAUCUUACGAGUCUAUCAGCGCAUCUCCUUACCAGAAUAGUGGGGCCAUACCUUUAGUUUCAGAUCCUGACUAUGGGAACAAGUAAACAAGCACUAGAUGUGAUGACAUCACUGGAUAGUAAUGCACAGCGCUUGAACUGAAAAUUGUGUUUACCAUUCACAUAGUGUAAUUUUCAUGUCAACAUAUGAUUUAUAUAAUAUCUUUUACCUUUGUUAUUUAAUAUGUUAUAUGCGUUGCAUAUACUAACACAUAGCAUAAGAGAUUGGUAUAUGUUAUAACACGAAGUUUGGAUACCUCAUAGUGUUCACCAUUUUGUGAGGUUUUGAUAUAAGAGAGGAGCACAUGCAAUGAGAUGUUUCUAUGAAUGUCUCAAAUGGGAAAAUAUAUUGACUCUAUACGGCGUUCCUCUUUAUAGUCUAAACUAUUUGUAAAAGUAAGCACACUUAAGUUAACUUAGCAAUAAUGAUAAGGUAGUUAUGUAUGGUCUAUCAUGUAUGAAAUCCUGUCAAGAUAGGUUGGCUAGUAGCCUAGCCAUCUGAACAGUUCAUGACUAUUUCUUCAAUUUGAUUAUUGCACGAACAUGUCUGAAAGACGCUUGUUAUGAUUUUGCAAACAAGCGCGCUACGAACACCAGUGACGUGAGCCUGACUCAUCAGUACGGCAGUUGCAGCCAAGCUGUGUAUUCGCAACAACAAAUGAACUAAGUUCGGUCAUUUCAACGUACAUCGAUCGUGUGGUUUCAUCGAGUUAAUAUAUUGGUGUACAACAAAAAGGUAACUAAAGGCAAUGAUAUCAUGACACAACUUUUCCAUUAGCUUUGGUGUCCCCAAAAGGUCAGUGGUCUAUAUUUAGUUCACAGGGGUGUUCUGGUGUGCACUUCGGAAGUGAUGCGGCUCUCUGUUUAUAUUUUGUACAUGUUGAAUUCAUACGCAAUUUGCUUUCAUUGUAAGGACACACAUACAUUGCUUAAUUGUGUAGAUAAUUAAUCAUCCUUUGUAAAAAGUAGGCUACACAACUCCUGUCUAAUUCAAAUUUAUGUCCCUGGUAAAAUAAUGUUUCUAAAACUCGGGACAAGUAGCAUAUUCCAUUUGAGACAUAAACGGGACAUAAGUUGUAAAUUCCUUUAACACCCUAUAGAUAUUAACGUUUAAACAUUCCACUUUGCGACCACUGUUAAAGUUCACAUGCAAGAUCAGCUACAAGAAAUCAAAAUUAACAUGUGCAUUGCCUGUUUGCAUCAUAUUUCCCUUGCUGGUUGAUUGACUCACAUUAGAAAUAAACAAUGAUGCACACCAAACAAAUUGUGUUUAGUUCAUGUUUGUAAAAUUAAAAUAUUCCAUUUUUAAUACACUGAGAUACAUUAAAGACUUACGUCCGUAUUCAGAC